ACGGGAAAUGGGUUCCGUGCGCUCUCCGGGGGUAUUGUGUCAGGAGAUGCAGGCUGGCUACCAUGUGACGCGGUCCAGAGCUGAAGGGAUUGGCCGAGGCAGUGCAGGCGGUGCAGCUCGCCGGCUUGCUGUUCCUCUGCCUUUCUCUCUCAGCAUCUUCCUGGGAGCUUGUAGGUGAAGCACCAGCACCAGCAGCAUCCAUGGCCUGUCUUUCGGGUUAACGCUUGUCUCCUUUGGCUUGGCAGCAAGCAGAGCAGACCUCAGCAGCGACAUUGUGAGGACUUAGCUGGGACCUGGAAGCACAUCCUCCUGUGUUUUUUCUGACUCCUUGGAAAUUAAGGAAUGCAAUUCUGCCACCAUGAUGGAAGGACUGAAAAAACGUACACGGAAGGCCUUUGGAAUACGGAAGAAAGAAAAGGACACUGACUCUACAGGCUCACCUGAUCGAGAUGGGAUGCAGGGGAAAAAAAAGGCCCAGAAGACUCAGCUUCUCCUCACCUCUUGCUUCUGGCUCAGAGCCCUCUCCUUAACUCUGUCUCAGCCCAGCCCACACGAGCCACCCUACCAUAGCAAAGCAGAGUGUGCGCGUGAAGGAGGAAAGAAAGCUUCGAAAAAAAGCAAUGGAGCACCAAAUGGAUUUUAUGCAGAGAUUGAUUGGGAAAGAUAUAACUCACCUGAGCUGGAUGAAGAGGGCUACAGCAUCAGACCUGAGGAACCAGGCUCUACCAAAGGAAAGCACUUUUAUUCUUCAAGUGAAUCUGAAGAGGAAGAAGAAUCGCACAAGAAAUUCAACAUCAAGAUUAAGCCAUUGCAGUCUAAGGAUGUCCUUAAGAAUGCUGCCACUGUAGAUGAGCUGAAGGCUUCAAUAGGCAACAUUGCACUUUCCCCGUCACCCGUGAGGAAAAGUCCGAGGCGCAGCCCGGGUGCAAUUAAAAGGAACUUAUCCAGUGAAGAAGUCGCAAGGCCCAGGCGUUCUACCCCCACUCCCGAACUUACAAGCAAGAAGCCUCCAGAUGAUACGCUGGCCCUUGCUCCUCUCUUUGGUCCACCAUUAGAAUCAGCUUUUGAUGAACAGAAGACAGAAGUUCUUUUAGAUCAGCCUGAGAUAUGGGGUUCAGGCCAACCAAUUAACCCAAGCACGGAGUCACCAAAGCUAGCAAGACCUUUUCCCACUGGAACUCCUCCACCUCUGCCUCCAAAAACUGUACCAGCCACCCCACCUCGAACAGGCUCCCCCUUAACAGUGGCAACAGGAAAUGACCAGUCAGCCACAGAGGCCAAAAUUGAGAAACUGCCAUCCAUCAGUGACCUGGACAGCAUUUUUGGCCCUGUGUUGUCCCCCAAGUCUGUCGCUGUUAACACUGAAGAGAAGUGGGUCCAUUUCUCUGAUGCAUCCCCGGAACAUGUUACUCCAGAGUUGACUCCAAGGGAAAAGGUGGUGACCCCACCAGCUGCAUCAGACAUCCCAGCUGACUCCCCAACUCCAGGCCCACCUGGCCCCCCAGGCUCUGCCGGUCCCCCAGGGCCUCCCGGUCCUCGCAAUGUACCAUCUCCGCUCAAUUUAGAAGAAGUCCAGAAGAAAGUCGCUGAGCAGCCCUUCAUUAAAGAUGAUUACUUAGAAACGAUCUCCUCUCCUAAAGAGUGUGGGUUGGGGCAGAGAGCAACUCCACCUCCCCCACCACCACCCACCUACAGGACUGUGGUUUCGUCCCCCGGACCUGGCUCGGGCAGUGGUACGGGGACCACCAGUGGUGCGUCUUCUCCUGCUCGGCCAGCGACCCCCUUAGUUCCGUGCAGCAGCACUACUCCGCCUCCGCCUCCUCCGCGGCCUCCAUCCAGGCCGAAGCUACCUCCAGGAAAGCCUGGAGUUGGAGAUGUGUCCAGACCUUUUAGCCCACCCAUACACUCUUCCAGCCCUCCUCCAAUAGCACCCUUAGCGCGGGCUGAAAGCACUUCUUCGAUAUCGUCGACUAAUUCCUUGAGCGCAGCUACCACUCCUACAGUUGUGUCAGAAGACGAUGUCUUUUAUGACAAACUGCCCUCGUUUGAAAGGCUGUGUGGCACGCCUGCAGAGAAUGAACAGCCUUCCCUCGUUUGGUUUGACAGAGGAAAGUUUUAUUUGACUUUUGAAGGUUCUUCCAGGGGACCCAGUCCUCUCACUAUGGGGGCCCAGGACACCCUGCCAGUUGCUGCAGCAUUCACAGAAACCGUCAACGCCUACUUCAAAGGAGCAGACCCAAGCAAAUGCAUUGUUAAGAUUACGGGAGAAAUGGUGUUGUCCUUCCCCGCUGGCAUCACCAGACACUUUGCCAACAACCCAUCCCCAGCUGCUCUGACUUUUCGGGUGAUAAAUUCCAGCAGGUUAGAGCACGUCCUGCCGAACCCCCAACUUCUCUGCUGUGAUAAUACACAAAAUGAUGCCAAUACCAAGGAAUUCUGGGUAAACAUGCCAAACUUGAUGACUCAUCUAAAGAAAGUCUCUGAACAAAAACCCCAGGCUACAUAUUAUAAUGUGGACAUGCUCAAAUACCAGGUGUCUGCCCAGGGCAUUCAGUCCACGCCUCUGAACUUAGCAGUGAACUGGCGAUGUGAGCCUGCGAGCACCGACCUGCGAAUAGAUUAUAAGUACAACACAGAUGCCAUGACCACUGCAGUGGCCCUUAACAACGUGCAGUUCCUGGUCCCCAUAGACGGAGGAGUGACCAAGCUCCAGGCUGUGCUUCCUCCAGCAGUCUGGAAUGCUGAACAACAAAGAAUAUUAUGGAAAAUUCCUGAUAUCUCCCAGAAGUCAGAAAAUGGAGGCGUAGGCUCCCUGCUGGCAAGAUUUCAGUUAUCCGAAGGCCCAAGCAAACCUUCCCCGUUGGUUGUGCAGUUCACCAGUGAAGGAAGCACACUCUCUGGCUGUGACAUUGAGCUGGUUGGAGCAGGGUACCGGUUUUCACUCAUCAAGAAGAGGUUUGCUGCAGGGAAAUACUUGGCAGAUAACUAAUAAAAUCUCAUGCAAGGAUUUGGAAGAUCCAUGUCCUGAAGAACUGUUGUAUGAGAGACGGGUUUUCAUCUGGUUUGAUGAAAACAAACCAAUAUCUAUACUUGGGGUCUACCAACUGGAAGGUCCUGGCUUCCAGCAGGGAUUUUCCCCCACACAGUACUAUGAUGAUCAGUUCUACAGUAUUUACUUCUAGGUGUAAUAUUGUUAAUGGUUUUCAAAUGUAAUUAUUGUAUUUGUAAACUGUUCCUUCAUUCCAGUAAGGCACUUAGACACUUGAGUUUUAGUAUUUUUCAUUCCUGAAACGGAUGUAAUUUAAAUUGUGGUAUGUAAAUUUAAUAGUAGUACUGUUGAAUGGCACAAUGCUUACAGAGAUAGAGUGCAUUUUGUCAAUAUAUAAAGUUUAAAUAUAAUGUUGAUAGUUAUCAUAAAGGGGGUGCCGCACAUCAAGAACCUUAAAUGGAACCAGAAGAAGAAAAAAAAAAAAAAAAAACUUACUUUUCUUCACUCCUGACUAUGUUUUCCUCUAGUGCUAAAGGAAACUUCUAGCUUCAGUUUAGUGGGUUAAAUUCAGAAACUAUUUCAGGAAAAAAAAAAUUCUAAAGUUACUGCAUAUUCAAAGAGAAGCAUUAAUUACCACUUUUUAAAAAGCUUUUUUUUCAAACUGCAAAUUUCAUAAAAAUGCAAACUGUGUAAACAGGGCCUCUUAUUUUUAUAACUUGUGUAAAAAGGGAAAAGCAAUUCAUAUUUAAAGUUUAAGUAGAUUAAAUUAUAUCCAGGAGUGCGGAGGAUGUUGAAAUUUCACCUGCCCCAUGCCCAUCUCUGCAGUUUAGGAAAUGUGGAGAUUGCUAAAUCAUCAGAUCAAAGCCAACAUGAUUUUUAAAGUUUCAAGAUUUCCUGUGGUUAAGCCAGCUAACACUUUUGCACAAAUUGCUCAGAUCAGAGGGGCCUGUCUCAUCUAGCAGCCAGGAGUACCCCAUUUUUUUUCUUUACUCACAAGAUUCAAAACACUGAGAGUAAGGACCUUAGAGGAAAAAUAAAAUAAUUCCCUGUUUCAAUCCAAAAGGAGAAUUUUAAAUUUAUCAUUUACAUCUUUGGGGAAGGAAAAAAGAAGCUUUAUAAAUGAAAUUCUAUCCACCUUGUUGUUCUAUGUAUAUUUUUUGAGUGAUUUUAAGAUUCAUUGCAUAAAACUAUGAAUCUUUACUGUUCUUGGGGAAUGGAAAGCAGAGUCAGAGCUGUGGCCUUGAAGCUCAGUAAAUGCCGCAAUUCUGGGGCGAGGGUGGGGGCAGGGGUGUGCCCCACAGGACGGGAAUCGGAACAUUGUCAUGUGAGGUCUAAAGAUUAAGUCUUCCAGGAAGCCACACAUUAUUUUCAACAGAGAACACCUCCUGUUCCAGGCUCUCCUAUUAAAGAACUCCGACUGAAGUGGGGUACGUAGUGUCCGCUGCUGAAUUUCAUUUUGUAUUCACUCAUGUUUGACAAAGAUCUUCGGCUCCUUUAAAUUCCAGAAUCAAAUUAAAUUUUUUUUAAGUCUUACUUCAACAAUGAGAUUUCAAUUGGCAGCUCUUUCUGGCAAGCUUUGUAGAUUAAUCAAUGUUCUCUUCAAUCAAUGCUUGCUACCAAAAGAAUGUCCAAGAUGAUCCGUUCUACCUGGGAAUAAUUCAUACUAUUUAAAACAGGCUCUUGCCUAGUUCCCCAAAGCAGCCUAGCUUUGAAGGUUCUUUUGAACAAACUAAUUUGUUCACAGUAAGUUUGGUUUUAAAACCAAAAUAAAGAAAUAAAAUGUAAAACUUAAGUCUAAUGGAACAUGGGGAAAUGAAAACUUAAGCCAAUGAAGAGUAAGAAGCAGAAAAACUAAAUUUAUCUAGAAUGUGAUUAUAAAAUGUUUUUAAGUAGUCAAUUCAUGGAAAAAUAUUGAAUAUUAACACAAAAGCAUAUUAAAAAUGUGUAAAUAUUACUGUUUCUCACGUCUUUCUCUUUAUAUCUUAUUUUAUAUAGCUUUAGAAUGAAUUGGUCAUUAAAUACACGUGUUUCUUUCCAAAGAACAAUUUUAUUAUUGAUAUUGCAAAAAUGUAAUUAAAGAUAGAGAUUUGAUUAGUCUCUAACAGUAUUCAAAUGUUUCCAGGAAUCAAAUUCAGAACUAUGAAGAAAUCCUGUAAUCCCUUAAUUGACUUUUGUGAAAUGAAAUGGCAGUUGGCAAUCUCAAAA